AUGGAGGUGAGCCACAUGACCCCAAUUCCCACCUCACCCACUGAUGGAGACGACCUAUGCAGCAUAGAAGUCACCGAUGUGGUCAUAGAUGGUGUCACACUGCUCAUCUGCUUCUGUGGUCUGGCAGGGAACGGGGCUGUCCUCUGGCUCCUUGGCUGCCACAUCCGCAAGAACACAAUUACCAUCUACAUCCUCAACCUGGCUGUCACCGACUCCAGCUUCCUUCUAUUCAUGGUCAUCUCAUCCCUCCUGUACAUGAUAGAAAAUGUCUUCUGCUCCACUCUUGUGUCUCUGAAGUACCUGAGGUCAAUUUUCCUUCUGUCACUGUUCUCCUACAACAUGGGGCUGUACCUGCUGACAGCCAUCAGCAUCCAGAGGUGUGGGUCCAUCUACUGCCCACUCUGGUACCGCUGUCACCACCCUGAGCGCCUCUCAGUGGUGGUAUGUGUCCUGCUCUGGGCUCUCUCCAUCACUGUCAUUGCUACAGUGACCUCUCUAUGCCUCUUGCAUGACCAUGAGCACUGCCAGGUGACUCUCAUCUGUAUGUAUGUCCUCAACCUCCUCCUCUUUGCUCCAGCCAUGCUCAUUUCCUGCACAAUCCUCUUCAUUAAGGUCCUGUGUGGCUCCCAGCAGCAUCAAGCCAAGAGGCUCCACAUCAUUAUCUUUCUCACUGUCCUGUUCUACCUCAUCUUUGGGCUUCCCCUCAGCCUCUGGAGUUUCUACCAGCAGUUCGGCUAUGCUAUUGAUAUAGUGCCCUCUCAGGUUCUUUUCCUGCUGGCCUGCAUCAACAGCACCAUCAAACCCUUCAUCUACUUCUUGGUGGGGAGCUGCUGGAGGGAAUGCUCCAUGGGGUCCCUCUGGGUCUCCCUCCAGAGGAUCUUCAAGAAUCCAGAGGACAACACAGCCUGUAGUGAUGAUGUUAUGAUGAACACAAUGGUCACAGCCAGUUGA